AACCGAAAAAUAAAAACAAGCUGUUGACUUCAAGAUUUUAUAGUGAAAGAAAAUUGGAGGAAACUGUGUUUGAGCUGAUUGCUUCUAGUGACAACUCUGAUACUUGGACCAUGGAACAAAGAGAAAACAUCAGUGAUAAAAAUAAAACAGGAGUCUUCACUGAACCAUCUUAUGCUAUAGACAAGUCUGAUGAAAUUGACUGUGUUGAUACUCUGUCUGGUGAACUUGCAGAGGGCAUCAGCUGCUCUGUUUCAGGCCAGGCAUAUUCCAUAAAUGUCUCAGAAUUAAAGUUUGCAGAUCAAAGCUUAGCUUGUUUCAGUUCAUCACUAGAUGCAGAACUUGAAACUUACAAUAAAAUAAGAGAGCGGCUUUCCAAAGUGUAUGAAGACAAAAGUGAAGCUGGUAUGUUGGGAAAAGUUUGCAACAAUAUGCAUUUCAGUUACAAGGAGAGUGAUGUAGAUGAAGACUCACAACUAGAGUAUCACAGUGCUGAAGAGCAAGAUUAUUCUGGUCAGAAUACCUCAUAUGUGCCUUUUGCGCAAAUUAAAACUCCAAGGACACAAAAUUCAGAAUUUCUGGAGUUGGUAGAGCCUCUUUAUGAAGUUAUAUGUGAUGGAGCCAUAGGUGGGCAAAAUCCUGUUAGCAACUUAGGUGAUGGUUUUUUGGCCUUGAAUUAUGGUGCUGUUGAUGAGUUUUAUAAUAAAGCAGCUAUACCAGAAUUAUCAAAAACAUCUCAGGACUCCAUAUCACUGAUAGAUUACAAAGGCCUGAAAUGUGAAAAUCAUGAAGAGGAACAAACUGAAGAUACAUAUCAUAGUAUGCUUGGUGAAAAUUCAUUUGAAAGUGAUACUGUUGUGAAUAGAGAAAGGGCUUAUCAAAAAUCACUCUCCAUGAGCAGUUCAGAAAAUCAACAGAAGAUGGAGGCUGUUUCUUCUUGUGGUGUUGCACAGUCAUCACAAAUGGCUAUAAAAAAGGUGUUUAAAAUGAGAGAUGGUCACAGCACUAACAGCAUGUUGCAGAAGCAUGGAAAUACUUGUGUAUUACCAUGGGAAAGAUCUUCUGUGACAUCCACACAGAUUUCUAUAAAAAAUGCAGACAGUUCAAUUUCUUGUAGUUGUGAAGAAUCAUUUUUGUCUGCAUUUAAUUCUGAUUGUCAUGAUUGCAGCCAGAAAACUGUUGAAAGGAAACCAGAUUUUUCUUUUGCACUUGCCAGAAUUCCAAUGAAAGAUGGUCAUUUGUCUUGUGUAGAAGUUACAGAUAAGUAUGCUGGUAAUAGUACCAGCCAUCAAGUAGAUUUUCCUAACUCAGAAAUUAAGUGCCUCACAUCCUUGAAUAAUGUUACAAGUAAUAAUAAAAUUACAGUUAACCAGACUGUUGAUGCAAGUUCUGAUUUUAGGGCUUGUUUCACUACAAGCAGAGCUACUAGUGCUAAUGCUUCUGUGGCAUCUAAAGCAAACAACACAAAGUUAACAAUGAUGAACAAAAUCAAGUCUGAAGAAUGGCAGAGUGAGACCUGUAGAAGUAUUGCCUGCAAUACAGAUUUGUCAUGUGUAGGCGGCAGUAUAGAGCAGAUUGCCUCAUGGUUUACUGAGACAUGGGAAAAUUGUAUGUACGGUGAAAUCCCAGCAACUGAAUGGAGUUCACAAAUUAAGGAUCAUUUGGAGUUGAAAAAUAAGCUGAGUGUCAGAGAUUUAAGAGAAAAUCCUGACAGGAUGUUUCAUCUUCGCAAAGAAAUUGAGAAGAAUUAUUCAUCAAACUGUUGUAGGAUGAUGCUGCAGAGAGCUAUAAAAGCAGAAUUGCAGCUUCUAAGAACUCACUAUUGGAUGUGUCAUCAGCACUGCUGGAAGGUUUACAGACUUGUUCUGGAAGAAAGGGAAUGUUUUAACAGGAAUUUUAAAAGUGACAUUGCCAAGACUGAACUAGGGUCGUCUUUGUUGUCUGUUUUUGAAGAACUGAAGGCUAGGUAUGAAAGCAUGAGAGAAAAAUUAGUCCUGGGUAUACCAUUGGAUUCAUUGCCCCCAUUAUCAGUAGAGUCAAAAUUGCUCUCAAUCUUUUCUUCUUAUGUUCCUUCAAAGUUAGUGAAAGACGACCUUCUUUAUACUUCUAGUUCUGCGGCAGAAAAACCAGGCUUAGAAAUGUCAAAACAUCAAGAGAGUGAAAUUUCCUCCAGCCUGAAAAGAACACCACCUUUAGUCACUCCUCAAAUGUGUUUAACUGACAACAGGCAGAAUAAGCAAUAUCCUUCCUGCAAGAACUUUGAAAUAAAAUAUGAGGCUCAAGAUAUAGAAAGGGAAUGCAGAAAAAAUCAAGAAGUAAGAGACUGGUUUGAUGCCUAAAGAAACUUUACAGUCACUGAUUUUCCAGUAACACUUCAAAGGAAUGAAAAACAACAAGAAAAUCUACAGAAGGUCAUUAGUACAACAGAAAUAAAGAUGGUGGAGAAUACAAAAAGUGAGCAAAAUAAGCAUUUUAUUCAUGUUGGUGGCUUAAGUCCUUCAGUAUCAGAGGUAAAAUAUAGAUCUCAUUUCCAGAAGUAUCAGGUUUUGGAGGUUUCAAUAUGUGAGUUUUCUACUAACUACAGGUAUGCAUCUCUGAGUUUUAAAAAGCUAAGUAAAGCAAAAUUGGCUGUGAAAGAAAUGAAUGGAAAAGAAAUAAAAGGAAAGCAGUAAAUGUUAGUCUUUAAAACUGCAGGAGAAAAUAUACUUCCAGCUUCUCCAAAAAGUUUGCAGACCACUUCACUAUGAAACCAAGCCACUGAUAAUUUGGAAGAAAAUAUUCAAGUCAGAACUACCUGCUCUGUCCCGGACUCUUGAAAGUGCCUCCACCACCUCACACUCUUUGAAAGUGCUUCCCCUCCCUCAGUUUGUUCAGCAGUGCGCCCUAUCCUGGCCUCUUCAAAAGCACUCAGCUCUGAUUUACAACAACUUCGACAUGAAUCAGGACACCUUUUAUUCUCAGUUGAUCAACAGAGUGUAAGAGAGAAUCCUCUACAGAUAAAACCUGUUCAGUUCUCUCCUAAUCCAUCUGCUACCUUUAUACCUCCUAACACACUGAACUUGAGCAGCUUUACCAAAUUGAUGAAGAAACUGAAAGAACUGCAUCCCAAGGCAAGUAGAGAUAAUAUUGUGGAUGCUUUGCUGGAGGUCAGAACAAAUAAUAAAGGUUUCCUAAGUGGCUUGUCUAUUAAUGCUAUUGUGGAAAUGGCUUCCUUUGUUCUGAGGAAAUCUGCAUCCAAAUGUGAGGAAAAAGUAGCAUAAACAGGUGAGCAUUCUAGUGCAGAAAGAAAAAUACUUUGAAAUAGAAAAUGUAUUGUUGGUAUGGCUGUAUAAUGUAGCUAUAUGUAUAGCAUAGUAAAUAACUCUUUGUGCUUCGAGUACCACACAUGUGCUUCAUUGCCAGUGGGGAGUGCACUGAAAGAAUUGACACUGAAGAAGAAUGAACUUGUUUUGGAAUAGCUGUGUGAUGAUCACUUACAGUUUUUAAUGUUUACCGAGUUAAAUUGCUAACUCAGAUAUAAAUCUCACUGUGUAAAUUUGGCGUACUUGGGAUGACAUUAUCCAAAUUGUUUCAGAAUUUCUGCUGAUUUCACAACAGAAAGGUUAAAUCUCUAUUAACAUUACUGUACAUAUAGAUGAUGAUGCAUUUACAAAAAUUUUCCAGACAAAAAUGACAUCUAGUGGCCUGUUCUUUUAACAGAAAUCCAUAUAGAUAGUCCAGAGAAUAUAUACUAGACUCAGUUUGUAUUAAAAGUUGACAGUCCAGGUUUUGUAAAGAUGAGCAUGGAUAGGUGAUUUGUCAAUCUUAGUCUUUUGGGGAGGAGGCAGGAUCUAUUUGAUGGGAUUCUGUGGGUUUUUUUUUUUUUUUUAAGGAACUCUAAUUGAUCCUUCUUUCUGCAGCCCUGAAUCUCCCACAGUUCUUGACAUCUGGGCUGCUCUGUUCACUUUGCAGCUCACAGAAGCCAAUCAAUUUUUUGGCACUUCCAGUCUGGCUGCUGCUUCUUUGCUCCCACUCCAGGCCAACUUUUCUUCUUCUAAAGCAGAAUGUGGGUGGCUGUUUUAGUGCUCCUGCCUUCUUAUCUGCCUAAUGGCGGGAGGUCGUCAAAAUCUGGGAAAGUGGUGAGCAGUGAUCUCCCUCCUAGCCCCUCUUCUCCUGCCUUGGUUAGUUUUUUGGCUGGGUGUUUGAAUGCUCCCACUGCAGUGCCUCCCUAUUGGUUCCUCUGCACCUUCCAUUUAUGGCAGAGCAGCCUAAAAAGCACUGAAUGAAAAGCCAAAUAAUUUCCAUCUGUGAGACAGCCACCCCAAGAUCGUCAGACAGUUAGUUGUGUCCAGUCUUCCACUGUUAACUGUGUUAGGUCCCAGGGCUGAGUCAGACAGGCAUGUAAAAUCCUCUCCCACCAGAGCAUCCCUGACUCUAAUGUAUAUGGGAAAUUGGACCAGGAGUUAAUAGUAGAGCAGGGCAAGGCUCCAAGGACGAGGACUCCAGUCAACUGACUUGGGAUAAAUCCCAAGGGGUCCUUGGAAAACAGAGGGUAGAUUUGCAGGGUCACAAAUCCCCCAAGGCCUAAAAUGUGUCCUAAGCGCCAUGGGAAAAGAAGCGGGGCUCAUAAACACCCCUGGCCUACUCCCAUUUGGCCAGGAGGGCUCUGGAAGUAUUGUUCCUCCCAUUCUCUGAGGUAAUGGGACCACAUCAGGCAAGGACUCAGAAAGAAAUCUUGUCAGAGGACUUCAGGUCCUCAGCAUGACUAGCUGCAAAAGGCCUCACCAAAGUGCAAGAGAGCUCAUAUGCUAAGUGAGCUAAAAAAGUGAAAAAAGCAAAGCAAAAAAGAAAGAGAAAGCAUAGAGAUCUGGGAAAUAGAAGCCCUCUGACCUCCUCUUCCCCCUCCUCCACAGAGAAUAGUGAAUUGUUGGACUCUGACACUGAUCAAGACCAGGAAAAGACUCAGCAAAAGUUUGUUCCUCCUGAGAAAUUCAAGGCCAUGUGCAAAAAGGUUGUAUCCACUGUUCAGAUUCAACCGAAACAGAACUCUGUGACUAAGCAUAAGAAAAUUUCUCUUCCUGAAAUGGGCCCCUAAGGCACGAUUCCCCUACAUUCCUCCUGCAGGGAAGUAAUCAGGGAUGAAAGAGACAAAUCAAGCAAGGGCAAAACAUACUAACAAAAUGAUCUUAGAUUCUACAGGAUCCAGCAAUCAAAGGUCCAGCUUACUGAGAUACAGAAAGUUGGUGCUCCCUUAGGGUUCCUGGCAAAAGAUAUGGUUAUCCCUUCAGAAGGGGAGUUCUAGAUAAUACUUAGUCCUGCCUGGAGUACAGGGGUCUGGACUAGAUGGCCUCUCAAGAUCCCUUCAAGGUCUGUGAUUCUGUGAUUCUAUUCUAAGGAUCCCACAGUUAGAAAAAUGGAGGCCACUCUCAAAAAAGACUGAGGCCUCCUCAGCUUCCAACAGGGCAUCCUAGAGGCUGCUUGAUUUGCAAGAGCAUCUCUCUCCUAGCUGGAAGAUCUCAGAGCUCUCAAGGAUAGAGAUCACCCUGACUUCACCUCUAUUUUGAAGAAAGUUUCCCGAGCAGCAGCGUUGCUGGCACCUCAAUGGCUGUGAUGAGAUUCUCAGCCAAAGCCAGGAUCUCCAGCUCAGUGACCAGGUACUACCUAUGGCUCUGUCCUGGAAGGCAUAUAGCCACUCUAAACUGGUGCUGUUCUCCAGAUUUAUGGGAGCCCUGCUGUUUGGGGAGAAGCUAGGCAAAGUAGUGGCAGACAGUGCUGCAAAAUCUGAACAGUCCCUUCCAAUGCCACACCAUGCAUUUAAGACAGAGUACAGACAGGCCUUCAGACAAUAAUGUUCCAGAUGGAGACCUUAACCUCUGCAGUGUCAUCCCUAUUCCAGAGUUCUUUCUGACUUCAGGGGAUCUGGUGAAUGCAUACCUCCACAUCCUGAUCAGACCAUGCUAUUGCAGGUUCCUACAGUUUGCAUAUGGUAGGGAGCAUUAUCAUUAUCUGAUGCUCUUAUGGUCUAUCCUGGCCCCCCUUGGUCUUUACAAAGAUCUUGGUUUUGCGGUCAUAGCCGGACUUGUUACGGGGCACCUUGUUGGACAGUAUCUUAAUCACAGCUCCAUCCCUGACAACAGGACAAAGAGCCAUGUCCCUGAAUUUAAACCUCCUGCUGGCACCCAGCUUUAGUGUCAAUAUCGAGAAAAGCUCCUGAGUUCCAGCCACCAAAAUGACCUGCUUGAGAGUGGACAUAGACACCUCAAUAGCAAGGAUACCCAUGUCUGAAAAGGUUCCAGAAAAUUCAGGACCGUCUUGUAUUGUUUCAGAGCUGCAAGAACCCUACCAUGGCACUUAGCCUUCAACAGUUAGGCCUCCUAGUUUUGUGCAUAUGGAUCACUCCAUCGAUAUAGUCACACAUCAGGCACCUUCAGGUCUUCAUCCUGAAAGUAUGGGACCACUGCCUGGAAUGCAGAAAGGAUCAAAUAAAGAUUCUGAUGCAGGUGAUAGACUCCUUGAAAUGGGAGUGACUCCAGGGCAGUGUCAGCAAGAGCAUGUUGCUUUCCUGUUCCACAUAACUGAUCCCAGCCUGAAGGUCUGGGGAACACACAGCUCAGGGCACCUGGAAGAAAGGACUUAGCAUAGACAUUCUAGAACUAAGAGCAGUCAUGCUUGUGCUAUGAAGAUUACAGUCCAGCUUAGAGGGGAACUACAUCCUUAGAUAGUCAAACAGCGUGAUCACAGUCACAUGUAUAAACAACCAAGGAGGAAAAAUAAUCCCAGUGUUACACACCAAAGCAAUGGAAACCAUGAAGUGAGCAGAAAAUUCUUCUCCAUCAGGGCAGUUCUCACACAGGGAGACCUGAACCAGAAGGGGUGGAGUGGCUCAGCAGGCGUAAGGUGAACAACUCUGUCAUGCCUGAAUCAGGAAGCCUUUGAAUUGAUCAUUGAAUAAUUCAGUCUCCGCUCAUGUGAUCUGUUUGCAAACCACAUGAACCCCAAGACACCAAGAUACUUCACCAAGGAGAUCAACAUAGGAACAGAGAUGCGUUAUUGCACAGAUAGUAGCAAAGUCUCCUCUAUGAGUUAAGGAAGUUGAUCCAAAAAAUAAAACGGGAGCAGUGAUACUGAUACUUCUCCUUGUCUGAGGAGACCUAAUAGCACUGAAAUUAGGAUCACCACUACAGCUCCCAGAGAGACAAAACAUCCUCUCAUAAGGUUGUCUCAUCUGUACCCAAACUGGUUUGUAUCUAACAGCCUGACUAUUGAAAGUGAAGCGCUAGUAUCAUUGGACCUUUCCUCGAGAGUCAUCAGGACACCUUCCUUCCAGAAGAGCAUCGAAUUUGAAAGCAUACUCCUCUAUCUGUACUGUAGGCGCUGAUUCUGUGGGAGCUCAGCACCCACUGGCACCAUGAAUUAGCUCCUCCCCCUU